AAGCGCUGGACCUGAGUUCAAAUCCAAAUAGCUAGGUGACCUUGGGCAAGCACUUUACUCUGCCUCAGUUUCCUCAUCUGUAAAAUGAACUGGAGCAGGAAAUGGCAAACCGCUCCUCUGUGCCAAGAAAAUCCCAAAGAGGAUCACAAAGAUUUGGACAGGACUGAAAAACCAACAAAAACUUAGGAGUCCAUGGACAGUGCCACCAAAUCCUGUCUCUUCUAGUCUCACCUCCAUUGUGCUCCUUUAGAUAGUCUGUCCCUUCCCCCAUCUCUCCCAUUUCCUCCCACCCCACCUCUCAUUUCCUGCUCUGGGAUUCUGGGAGUCCUACCCCCUGGCUUGGUUUCUAGAUUAGAAUCCAGACCCACUGGGUGUGUGCUCAUUAACUCAAGGACUCUACAAUAAAAGCAUUCUCUGGUUACAGGGGCGGGGGCUGCUGCUACCUGAGAUAAAAACCUCCCUGUUCUAUUCAGGAGAGGAGACAAAAGAAGGGACAUCCUCCCUUUUCGCCUUUUUUUCUGUGAAUACCUCUUCCUGGGCUGCCACCGGCUUUCCUUCCUUCUCCCAGCCCUCCCUCCAGGACUCUGGCUGUCUUUGGUUUGGAACGCCAUCUCGGGUUUGGUACUUUCUGCUUCUCCAUCAAGUUCUGCAUCUGGAUUGGGGACUAUAAAUCUCCUCACUUUUUCUCCGUUUCUCCUCAGAUCUCCCAACCCUGCCUCGUCAUUCCUUCAGAUAUGCUGCCCCUCUUAGCACUGUUGCUUCUUCUGUGGGACACUGAUCCAGCCAGAGCCAGUAUUAAUGAGGAAAAGAUCCUGGGUGGUCAAGCGUGCAUUCCCUUCUCCCAGCCCUGGCAGGCUGCCCUGUUUGUCUCUCAACGUUUCCACUGUGGAGGUGUCCUGCUGUCUGAUCGGUGGGUGCUCACGGCAGCCCACUGUGCCCACUGGAACCUCCAAGUGGUCUUGGGGAAACACAAUCUCCGGCGGCUGGAGCUCUCGAAGCAAAUAGCAAGGGUGAAGCAACAGAUCCUCCACCCCAACUACAACUCCAGAACCAAAAACAACGAUCUCCUGCUACUCUACCUGCAGAAGCCAGUGAAGCUGACCCCCCAAGUUAAGCCCAUUCAGAUUGCAAAAGACUGCGCUAAUCCCGGGACCUCCUGCCUGGUAUCCGGCUGGGGAUCUGUUUCCAGUCCUUAUGUCAGCUAUCCCGCUGUCCUUCAGUGCCUGACCAUCAAAAUCUUUUCUGAUGAGGAUUGCAGAAAAGCUUACCCGGAUGUCACGUUUCCAGGCAUGGUCUGUGCUGGGACCUACGAAAGUGGGGAGGACACCUGCCAGGGUGACUCUGGAGGCCCGCUGGUAUGCAAUGGGGUCCUGGAGGGCCUUGUGUCUUGGGGCAUGGAACACUGCGGCCUGACCAAGUAUCCUGGCGUUUAUACCAGACUGUGCCAUUACCGGACCUGGAUCCUAAAUGAAAUGAAGAAGCCUUAACAAGUUCCCCUCACCCACUCGAGAAGAUUGCCCAGUCCAACCUGUCCCCAGUCCUGCCCUCAGGGACAGGUAGCCUGAAACUAGGGCCCCACACCCUACAAAGGAACCCAAGUCCAUGAUCCUUCUGACCAACCCAGUUGACCUCCCCCAAGGACUAGACUCAGGCAUUCAGACUUGCUAAUGAUGGACUUGCAGGUUUCCUAACCUCAUCCCUAGGAUGGAUUUGGAUAUCUAGGGGGAAAAAAAAAGAGAUUUUGGAGAUGCAAAGGACUUGGGACUUUGAAAUAGCAGGUUUGGAACAACUGCUUGUAAUAAAGAGCAUAUCCUGGAAUUUUUACAAAUGGAGAAACUGAGAGUUAAAAGACCUAAAGUCUCCAUAGUCGGGACGUAAGUCAGAUUCAAAUGUUUCCUUCCUGCAGGAUCUGGAAUCUGAAGGCAUAGAUCUAUCUCCAAACUUCCAAGAACUCUAGCCCCUUUCAUGAACUCAAUACCAUGAUCAGAUAUCCAGAGUAAGAGGUAACUGAGCUGAUUUCUCCCCCCAAAAUCUAAGAUUAAUAAAACCAUGUGACUGGA